AUGUCCAGCCAGGGCCGGCUGGCAGCCCUGCUGCCCGAUAUACUUGUAUUCCGGGAGCCCCAGGGGUGUGGACUUGAGGUCACCACCACCCCGGGGGUCCUGCUGGCUGCUCAUGUGACCGGGUUCACGGCACUGACGGGCGCGCUGAACUGGGAGCAGGACCCCAGCGCGGACGAGCUGGUCAGCGGCUUCGACCAUUACAUCGGGGACAUCGUGGAGCAUGUUCUAUGCUUCGGAGGGGACGUCCUGAAUAUCACAGGGGGGGCCCUGCUGGCCCUGUGGACAGUGGAGCGAAGCCACCUGAAGGACACCAUCACCUUGGUGUCCAAGUGCUGUCUAGAACUGCAGGAGACAUUGGGUGUCUGCCACCUGAAGGCCGGAAAGGAUCUCCAGCUGAAAAUAGGCCUGGCAGCGGGCCCCAUCUCCCGGGUUGUGGUCGGUGACGAGCAGAGGCGUUUCUUGGUGGUGACCGGCUGCGAGGUGGACGACGCCCACCGGGCCUGGAGCCUGGCAAAGGCCAACGAGAUUGUGCUGACCCAGCGCUGCUGGCACCUGUGCGACCAGGCCCUGUUUGAGGUUGAGGGCCUCCGGGACCAUGAGGCCGUGAAGCUGAGAGACCUGCGGCUUGGCGGCCUACCUGACUUCGAUGAGCACUUUGAGAAGUGCAUCGAUUACCUGCCCCAUUACCCGACCAGCUCAACCCAGCUGAGGAAAGCCCCGGACUGGUCUUCAAGCCCUGGCCGUGAGCAAGCCUUGCGCGGAUUUGUGAUGGAAAACAUCCUGAGGAAGUUGGAUGACGGCCAGCCCAAGGAGUUCCUGUCAGAAGUGCGCCCCGUGACCGCAGUCUUUGUCCGGCUGGACUUUCGGCAGACGGUUCGGCUGCUGCCCCAGUGCCAGCGGGUGCAGGAGGCAAUCCGCCACACGGUCCUGUCCGCUGGCCCGCGGGGCGGCCGGCUGCACAAAGUCUUCGUAUCCCAAAAUGCCUGUGAGCUGCUCUAUGUGUUUGGCCUUCCUGGGGACAAGCAGCCGGACGAGGGGGCCCAGGCCCUGGAAAGCGCCCGCACCAUCUGGGACGCCUGUUGGGAGAACAUGCCCUCGGCUGAGCCCGUGACCAUCGGAGUUGCCUACAGUCCUGCGUUCUGUGGCCUGGUGGGGGCCCAAGCCAGACACGAAUAUACGGUCAUCGGCCGGGCAAUGAGCCUGGCCGCCAGGAUGGUGGCGACUUUCCCGGGCAAGGUGACCUGCGAUGAGGCGACCUACCUCCGCUGUCUGCUCCCACCCAGCUCCUUCAGAAAGCUGCCGGAGAAAAAGUUGAAAGACUUUUCCCAGCCGGGGCCGAUCUAUGAAUACCUGGGCCUCCAGGCAGAAAGGAUGUUCGGGAAGAGAGGUCUUCUCCUAGAAAACUCCGAGCUUCCAGCCCUCCUGGGGAGGGCACAGGAGCUGGCACCCUUCCAGAAGGCCCUGCGGGGCGGGACGCCAACCCGAGAGGGGCAGCUGAUUGUGUACCAAGGAUCCCAGGGCUCGGGGAAGAGCCGGCUCCUGGCAGAAGCAGCCCACUUAGCCCGGGCAGAGGGGCGCAGGGUGGUGACGAUGGAGCUGACCAGAGCGGAUGCGGGCCGGCACCUGUACACCGCCCAGACCCUCAUGGCCAUCUUCCUGGGGCUGGACCUGUGCCCUGCCCUUCAACGCCAGCAGCACCUGCAAGACCAGCUGGGCAGGGCCCUGGCCCCUCCACUCCUCUGCCUCUUCAACGACCUGUUUUUUGUCAAGUUUCCCUUGUCCCUCGUGGUUUCCCAGAUGGACAGGCUGGCCAGAGAGCAGGCAGCAAAGGCCCACCUCCUCCACCUACUCCAGGAGGUGGGGAAGGAGGGGCCGCUGGUCUUCAUUGUGGACGAAGCCCAGUACAUGGACGCCGCCUCAUGGGAGUUUGUCACCUUGUUGCUCGCCAACGUGUCUACAGUCAUGGUCAUGGCCCUGGCGUCUGGCACCAGCAACCGGCCAGCCCUGAGCGGCGCUGCCCAGCGGGUUCUGGAGGGGCCCCAGGCCACCCUGGUGCCCCUGGGUGCCCUGGAGCCGGCCGAGCUGCUGGAGAUGGCGUGUCAGGAGCUUGGGGUGCUGAGACUGCCCCGAGAGUUGCAGUUCUUCCUGUGGAGCCGGAGCUGUGGGGUCCCGUUCUACUGCAAGGUGCUCCUCCGGGACCUCCUGGACAGAGAAGGAUUGCUCUUCCACAGCCCAAGGAAGGAGCAGCGGGAGGACAGCAGAUGGGAAACCCUGUCCUUCUUGGCUGCCAUCCAGGCCACGGCCUGCGGAGCCCCUGAUGCCCCCAGCCCAGCCCCGGCACCUGAGCUUCUCCUCUGCACCGUCAGGGAGGGCCUGGACCUCCAGGGGCUGGGGCUCCCCCCAGCCCUGACAGAUGUGGCCCUGGCCCGGUUGGACCGCCUGACCCCCGCGGAGCGGAUGCUGGUCAAGUGUGCGGCGGUCGGGGGCCACACCUUUCCCACAGCUCUGCUGCAGCCCCUCCUGCCCGCCUCCUGGACGGAGGAGAAGAGGUUUCUAGUCCUGGAAGGCCUACUCCAGCAACAGGUGUUCCAGCAGUUCGGCCCCCGGGAAGGGACCGGGGCAGGCCCGGCUAAGGAGGACUCCGAGCAGGAAGGAGAGGCAGGGCCAGGAUCAGGGGCUCGACCCCCGCGGCCGGCAGUGGGCCUGGGGCUGCGGUUCAGCCUGCCCCUGCUGCGGGAAGCUGCCCACUCCCUGUGGCCCCAGGCCCUGCGAGAGGCCCUGCACUGGCAGUGUGCCCACUUCCUCCAGGGCCGGGCCCACCGCUGCCCGGCCUGUGCCGGAGAAGACUUCGUCCCCUUCCACCGCUUCGCCGCCACCAUCACCUGGAUCCCCCAGACAGAGACCGCGGACCCCAGACUGAAAAGAGGGGCGCGGUGGAGUCUCCCUCCGCCCCCCACCCACGUGGUGAGUCCACCUGACUCAGAAGAGACAAUGGAGAGUUUCCUAGCAAGAACACACCCAGGAGAGACUCCUCAGGCUUCAAGCCAAGAGAGUUCCCAGUGCUCGGGGCGGGCAUCCCGACGGCCGGGGGUCUUCCCACAAGGGCGGCUGAGGGCAGAGCGUGAGUUCCUGGAUCGUGUGAGCAAGAUGGAGGCUUGGGAAGACAAGCUGGGGAGGGAAUCAAGCUGGGGUGGCAGCGGCUGCAGCUGUAGUGACAUUUUGGAGUCCGUCCUCUGGCCCCUGGCCCAGCACUGCAUGGCUAUCGGAGAUGCCGCCAGCGCCUUUUACUACCUCCUGGAGUCGGCCGCGGCCUCCCUGGACCUCUCAGAUCACUACAUGGCGUUCUUCUACCUGAAGCAAGCCACCUACCUGCGGGGGCCCAGCCCGGCCCUCUUCUUCCUAUGGAAACCCAAGCUGGAGUUGAGUCAGUUUGAGGAAACCGCCUUCUCUAGCCUGAGGGCUGAGGUCUGCUUCUCCAUGGGGCAGCCGGCUUUGGCCGGGAAGCUGGCCCGCCAGGCCCUGCAGCUGCUCCGCGUCGACUUCCCCUGGACGUGGCUCGGUGCCACCUUCCAGGCCUUCCUGGAGAAGCAGCGGCAGCCCUGCCCCCAGAGCCCGGCACCCCUGGGCCAGGGCACCACGGCCUUGAUGUUGGCAGAGCUUCAACAGCGGCUGCUCUGCCUCGCCCUACUGAGGCAGCUCCACGGUUUGGAGAGGAAUGCCAGCGGCCACAGGCUCGCUGAGCUCGCCGCUCUCAUGCAGGUGAACGCGGCCGAGGAGUUGGUGAAUAAGACCCAGGUUGUUUCCGCCUACGUGGCCAUCUCCCAGUUGUCCCAGAGUGUGGGCCGCCGGGAGCUGUGGCUACACUAUGAGGCGCUAGCCCUGCAGUGGAGCGGUCAGUGCAGCAUCUCCCGUGAGGGACGCCUGGCUAUUGCCCAGCUGCUGCAGGCCCUGGCCCACAGCAAGGCCUGUCUUGGCCACCUGGACCUCGCUCUCCACCUGGGCUUUCAGGCUCACACCGUCUGUGCCCGGCUCCAGAGACCCUCCCUGGAAUGCUCAGUCCUCUCCGUCCUCUUUCGGGUCGCUUUUCUGAAGGCUAAGUUUGGGCUGUGCGUCCGCAUCCUGGAGAGGCUGGGAGCCCUCGUGGGCCAGUGGGCCAGCAUCCCGGGCCUGGCUGUCUUCUACUCCGCCUGCCUGGACCUGCUGCUGGACGGGGCUGGCUGGGAAGGCCGGCCCUUGGCCGAGUGUCUGCGGUUCGUCCAGCAGCACGAGAGCAGCCGUGUCCUCGCCUCCCAAACCAAUGUCAUGCUGGCUGUCCACUCCUCUCUGGCCACCUGGUUUGCCAGGCACGGACAGUGGGCCAACUUUGAGGUCAGCUUCUCCAAGGCUCAGAAGCUGGUGGGGAGCAGCGACGCCUCCCUUGCUGGCAGUCACGGCUUUGCCCGGUUCCUGGAGUGUCAAGUGCUGGCCUUGCAGAAAGGGGCUGAGGAUGCGCCCCAGAUGGUCCUCGAAACUCCCACCCAAACCCUCCAGUAUUUCCAGGAUUUUUUCACCCGCUGCUCCACGAGCCCCAUCUACCACACACACGUUCACCGCCUCCAAGCCUCAGUCCGCCAACUGCUGCACGCUGAGGGGGAGCGCGGAGCCCCCGGGGGCAUGAAGGAAACCUGGACAGGUGUCAGCAGCCCUGGCAGCAGGGGCCCCGGGCACCCCAGGCUGAGAGAAGUGGACAGUACCCAUGGGAGCCUGGCCGAGCCGGGACUAGAUGAGGAAGACGUUCUUGGGUCCGAGGUGCAGCGUUGGUGAUCCCCUCUCCUUCUCCUGGAGGAUGGGUGAACAAUAGAUUGGAAUAAA